UUCUAAUAAUUAUUGUUCUUGUAAAUUUAGAUUUACUAGUUGGCAAUAAUCAUACUGUUUAAUGCUGUGAAGCAAGUUUUUAAAGCUGCUUGUCUUUAUACCUCACUUAACUAUCAUUCCUAGAAAUAUAUUGCUUGAUUUUAUGCCCUUUUUGCUAUGCUCUUCUGUCACAAUCUUUACACGGUAUCGAUCCAUCUCUUUCGUUUCGUGUUGCUUGUGUUUGUUAGUCCAGUCAUUUCUGAAUCAACUCAAGCUUACACUUUGUAAAGGAGGCUGCUACUAGUCUACAACAGCUUACAGGAAAGAAUUCUGAACUUUAAAUCUCUUGCCAUUUUAGCAAACACUCUAGCCUUCUGAUACUCUAAUUUCUUUAACUUUUUCUCUAAUUUGAGUCACACUGCUAUAUCCAUAAACUUCUGAAAUUUCUUACGGUGGCCACUGGCUACAACACCCAUUAACAUGAAUCCCGAUUCGAUUGAACUAAAUACAGCCAACUGUGAUAAAAAGGCAUUGUAUAUGUGAUGCUGUUAAGACUAUUCAUUUACCAGAUAAUGAAGUCAUUUAUGAUACUACACUAGGGUGUAGGUGUACUUAUUUUCAGAGUAUCAUAGACAAAGAAAACUGAAGAUUAGUGCUUUUAUGUCAGCUCUCAUGAUAUAUUUAGAUAGACCUUGAGCUGGUAAGGUCAGAUUUGACCUAAACAGGAGUUAUAAAUUAUUAUUAUUAUUAUUAUUAUUAACUGUACUUCUAAGUUCUAACUUAGAAGUCAUAAUAACAAGAAUACUUGAACCAAGAUAUUACUACGUAUAAUAGAUAUGCAGGCAAGGCCAGGGCACACAGACAUGUGCAAGGAGAACAUUGUGGCUGAAAAGGAGGACAAACAGGUGAAUCAGAGCAAUAUGAACAUGGGUGAAGGAAGCAAGUCUUCAGAGGAAAAUCAUGAACAUCUUCAUAAUGAAAUUCAUCUUCCUAGGGGGAUCUCAUCUGAAAUUCAGGAGUAUGUUGCCGGUCAUAUUAGGCUUGCUGACAAGAUGAGUACCUUGACAAGGCUCGAAGAGGAUACAGGACAUCGCAAAAGCAACACUAUGGUGCAAAACAAGGAAAAGCAGGUGCUUAUGAAUUUGGAUGAGAAGACUCAAGCUCAGGAUGAAGACAAUGGAAUGGAGCAUUAAGCAGGGCUAAACUACUGAUGGAGUCUCAGGUGUAACAGAAAUACAUCUAUUGUGCCAUGUGAAUGUGUGAUAUCCUUUCUAAAUAGUAAUGUUGAUUUUUUUAUGUACAGAAUUGGUAAAUGAUGAUACCUCAAGCAUUAUUUCAAAAGCAAGUGUUAUUAAUGUUGGACUUAAUGAUUUUGAUGAUGACACAACCUUACUUACUUACAAACUAAUAAGUGUUUGAUUGUUUAAGUGUGUACUCAGUUACAAAGACUAGGAAAAUGAAGUGUCCUGUAAAAAUACCAUGAGGAACAAGAAGGCCAGAAGCAGAGCUAGCCAUAUAGAAGAGUUCCCUCACAGGAACUGACGCUUCAGAAAUGAAGAUUGGAGAAGAGAAGGUAGAAGAAGCCUCAUCAGAGAAAAGAAGUUCCUCCCAAGGAACAGAAGCUUCGGAGUAGAAGCUUCAUCUGAGAACAUGAAGACUAAAUAUAUUUUUAUAAUUUAGGAUUUAGGUAAGUAUAAGAUAUUAAUUUGCACUCGAAAAUUCUGUGUGGAAUUGGUCUAAAAGAUAAAAAAUUGUGCAUGCUAGUUUUUAGGAAAGUGGUUAAGUCUUUAACGAUUAUCUUUUUCUUAACCAAAAAGAUUUUAUUUCUGAUUUUCUAAAAAUAUAUUCUGCAAAUAAAAUCUCCCACGUUUUCUGAAAACUUGCGGCCUACUCCUCCAUGAUUUUCUUCAAGUCAUGGUCUUGCACAUUGAGGAAUUCAUGUUUCCUUAAUCUUAGGAACAUGAUCUUCUUAGUGGGUUGGAGUAGUGGCGUAAUGGAAUUGCUGCACAAAGAGGAUUUUCCAAAGUAUUUGUUGAUCUAUAAAUAGCCAUUAGUUUCAGAAGGAAAAACUCACCCUUGCUCACAUUAGUUUUCUAACUUUUAAUUCGAGUCAAGUGUCAAUUCCACACAAGUUCAUUAAAGUGUUCUUAAUGUUCUUAUACUAGAGUCUGUUUUUCUUUCGAGUUGUAAU